AUGCAUGCACAAGGCCCGAUUCUCGCCAUCGACGUCCAGUACUCCGACGAUGAUACUGGAUACGCUGCUGGCGUCCUCUUUGAAUCCAUUGAUUCAUCCAAUCCCGCUCAGUCGAUCGUUCACAUCCAUCCUAAUGUCUCGCCAUACGAAGCAGGCGCUUUCUUCAAGCGCGAGCUGCCUCCCAUCCUGGCCCUCCUGGACAAGGUGAAAGCUUACCCGGCCAUCAUUAUUGUGGAUGGUUUCGUAGACCUUGAUAGUCCUGACCGACCUGGAUUGGGCAGGCAUCUGUACGAUUGCCUGGACGGCAAGACCAUCGUCAUAGGUGUAGCGAAGAACCCGUUCAGAAGGUUCGACGGUGACAAGAAGGCGCUCCCCGACAGUCCGCAUGUCGGCAUUAACAACGUCACUCUCCCCACCAUGGGCAAGGACUCGAUACACGACCGCUACAAAGAAGAUCGGGAGUCCGGUGCCGACGUGAAGAGUUUCUUCAAAGCCCUUGUUUCCGGGUCCACCGCCUCAGGUAUGGGCCACCGUGUGUAUAAUUCUGCCGAUCGAGGCUCUGGACAGAUGGGCCAACAUAUUCGUGACGAGAGCGGAGCUCAAGUCGAAUCAGGCAGACUUUACUACCAGGCGAAACCCGCCCCGCCGACGGCACCCACGGCCACCUCCCCCACUGAUGUGCAGCGUUACCUGGGUCCCAAUCAAGAGUUCAACCCUGAUUACGCUGCGGCAGUUCUCAGCAACUUCGUGCGGGCGAGUUUGGAGACCGGUGUCGAUGGCGUAGAAGUUGCAGCGCAGUUGGAUGACUUGGAGCGCAGGUACGGUCAGGUUGGCGUCUUCAAGUAUAUCCGUGAUACGUAUAGGCUCGGUGCCCCUCCGUCGUAUCGCUAA